AUGUCCAUGGACCUGCAGUUCAGUCUCACUCUCAGGCUUGUUGCUGCUGGUCACUCAGGAUCCCUCAGACUGUUGGAAGGAGAAAGCCAGUGCGAUGGGCGAGUCGAGAUUUCCCUUGGAGAUGUAUGGGGCAGAGUCCUGGAUAAUCAGUGGGACAUGAACGAGGCCAGUGUAGCGUGCAGGGAGCUCCAGUGCGGAGAUGCUGAGAAAGCCUAUAGCAUCCUGAAGUUUGAGCAAGAGACAGGCCUCGUGGGGCUGAGAAGUGUCCAGUGUGUGGGACACGAGCCUCGUCUGACACUCUGCAACAUCUCCUUGUCUGGGACAGUGCAAGCAGGAAUCGCUGAGGAUGUUGGCAUCAUCUGCUCAGGAAGCAAGCAAAUCAGACUGGUGAAUGGGACAGAUCGCUGUGCUGGGAGAGUGGAGAUUUAUUACCAAGGCUCUUGGGGAACUGUCUGUGAUGAUUCUUGGGACCUAUCAGAUACCAACGUGGUUUGUAAACAGCUGGAAUGUGGACACGCCAUCAAGGCAGCUGCCUCUGCUCGAUAUGGGAAAGGCUCAGGACAGAUCUGGCUGGAUGAUGUGAACUGCUCUGGGAGUGAAUCCAAGCUCUGGGAGUGCCCUUCCAGGGGCUGGGGUGAGCACAACUGCAGACACAAAGAGGAUGCAGGAGUGCUCUGUUCAGAGUCCAUGGAUCUGAGACUGGUGAAUGGCAGUGACUGUGCUGGGCGUUUGGAGGUUUUCUAUAAUGGAACAUGGGGGAGCGUUUGUUCUAAUCAGAUGACUCCAGUCACUGCAAGAAUUGUAUGCAAACAGCUCAACUGCGGAGAUGACGGGGAAAUUGCACCAGACUUUGCAUAUGGACAGGGUUCUGGCCCCAUGUGGCUGGACCGCAUUGAGUGCCAUAAGCAUCACAGAUCCCUUUGGCAGUGCCUGUCAGAGCCAUGGGACCCAAAGUCAUGUGGUACCAAAGCAGAAGAGACUCAUAUUACUUGCACUGGACAAAAAGCAAACUCAACUCAGACUGUAUUUGCUGAGUGCCCAAACUCUACAAGCUGCACAGAUAAGGAAAAGCUCCGUGUUGUGGGAGGAGAGGACGGAUGCUCAGGGAGAGUGGAGGUUUGGCAUCGCGGCUCCUGGGGAACAGGGUGUGAUGACUCCUGGGACAUGGCGGAUGCUGCUGUUGUGUGCAAACAACUGGGCUGUGGACCUGCCGUGUCUGCUCUGACCGGGGCUGCAUGCGGGGAGGGGACUGGCCCCAUCUGGCUGGAGAAGUUGAACUGCCGAGGGACAGAGUCAUCUUUAUGGGGCUGUUGUGCUGAGCCCUGGGGUGAUAGUAAGUGCCUCCAUAAGGAAGAUGCUGCCGUGAUUUGCUCUGGUGUGGCACAGGUGACAUCCAUACCUACAAGAACAGGUCUGCCCCACCGCCAAAUUCCAAUAGAUGAUGGAAAAGACAUGGUACCCAUUGUCAUCUGUAUUACCUUAGGGGCCCUUCUCUGCUUGGUCUUCAUCAUUCUGAGUGCCAGGGCACUGCACAGAGGCUCCAGAAGAUCAUCAGGUCCCUUCUCUGAGGCCUUGUAUGAGGAAAUUGAUUAUAACAUGAUGAGGGGAAACCUUGAAAUGUUUGGGCGCUCUGAGGAUCCACCGAUGAAGCGGCAGUAUUACUCCAGGGAGAGCAAGAAGGAAAGUGACUUUGGAUCAAUGCAAGGGGCCUCUGCCCUGCCUGGAGAGGAUUAUGAUGCUGCAGAAGUUUAUGACCUUGGAAAUUAUCAUGUUUCUGGGCAAAGUGACUUGGAAGUCUGUGGAGUCAUAGAAGAAAGCGACAGGAACAGGGACUCACAGUCAGGAUGGAGUUUGCACACCUUAAGAAAUGAAGGGUCCUUUGUUGCUGAAAGAGAUGACCCAUCCCUACCUCCUUUGGAUGCAGGUUAUGAUGAUGUUGAAGAUGUCAUCUCUGGAGCAUCAAUAUAA